AUGCAUCCAUUUGAGAAACUAACUUGCAAUGGACUAAUGAACACAGUAGAAGAAGAGACCGAAGAGUAUCACUUUGUUAAGAAAGGUUUCCUAAAUGGUAUGGGAUUCAUGCAACAUGCUACAAACAUCAUAGCCAUUCACAAAAACAACGUUUCCUCUAAUUUAACAAGACAAGCUCGUUUGGAAUCCUUUCAUAUUUUCUCAAAGGCAGUAUCGAUUAAACGUGGAGGUGAUUCCAAAGUUAGAGGUGCAUGGUACGGUGGCUCAUCAGAUCAACUCAUAGAUAUUCUAUCUUUCGGAUUCACACGAUGCAACGUUGAUGAAUCUCAUGGUAUUGGUAUUUCAUUAUUUUGUGCCAAUUUUUCCAUUGAUAGUGCAAUGUGUACGGUGGCAGAUGAGGAUGGUUUGAGGCAUGUGUUGCUAUGUAGGGUUAUAAUAGGGAAAUUUGAAAGUGUUGCUGCUGAUUCAAAACAAAGCCAACCUAGUUGUAAUGAAUAUGACACAGGAGUUGAUGAUAUUUUAGCACCAAGAAAACAUGUUAUUUGGACUGCUUUUAUGAAUUCAUACAUUCAUCCAGAUUAUAUUAUAAGUUUCAACUAUAAGAAUAUCAAGGAUCCAGAGAUAUUUGGGACAUUAAAGCCUCGAUCAGAAUAUGUGUUAUUUCCUAAUCUUGUGGCAAAAGUUUCAAAGCAUUUGAAACCAUCGCAAAUGUGUUUGUUACUCAAAAGCUACCGUGCUUACCAAGAGAAAAAGAUUACAAGAGAGAUAUGGAUAAAGAAAAUGAGGAAGAUAGUAGGGGAUAAAUUGCUGCAUUUACUGAUCACUCAUAAAUCCAAUGAUGAUGUGCAAGCUCUUUAG